GUUCUACUGGGACUUCACGAUGCUGCUGUUCAUGGUGGGCAACCUGAUCAUCAUCCCCGUGGGCAUCACGUUCUUCAAGGAUGAGACCACGGCGCCGUGGAUCGUCUUCAAUGUGGUCUCGGACACCUUCUUCCUGCUGGACCUGGUGCUGAACUUCCGCACGGGCAUUGUCAUCGAGGACAACACGGAGAUUGUCCUGGACCCCGAGAAGAUCAAGAAGAAGUACCUGCGCACGUGGUUCGUGGUGGACUUCGUGUCCUCCAUCCCCGUGGACUACAUCUUCCUCAUCGUGGAGAAGGGCAUCGACUCGGAGGUGUACAAGACCGCGCGCGCGCUGCGCAUCGUGCGCUUCACCAAGAUCCUCAGCCUGCUGCGCCUGCUGCGCCUCUCCAGGCUCAUCCGCUACAUCCACCAGUGGGAGGAGAUCUUCCACAUGACCUAUGACCUGGCCAGCGCGGUCAUGCGCAUCUGCAACCUCAUCAGCAUGAUGCUGCUGCUGUGCCACUGGGACGGCUGUCUGCAGUUCCUGGUGCCCAUGCUGCAGGACUUCCCGCACAACUGCUGGGUCUCCAUCAACAACAUGGUGAACCACUCGUGGAGUGAGCUGUACUCCUUCGCGCUCUUCAAAGCCAUGAGCCACAUGCUGUGUAUCGGCUACGGCCGCCAGGCUCCCGAGAGCAUGACGGACAUCUGGCUGACCAUGCUGAGCAUGAUUGUGGGCGCCACCUGCUACGCCAUGUUCAUUGGCCAUGCCACCGCCCUCAUCCAGUCCCUGGACUCCUCCCGGCGCCAGUACCAAGAGAAGUACAAGCAGGUGGAGCAGUACAUGUCCUUCCACAAGCUGCCCGCCGACUUCCGCCAGAAGAUCCAUGACUACUACGAGCACCGCUACCAGGGCAAGAUGUUCGAUGAGGACAGCAUCCUGGGCGAGCUCAACGGGCCGCUGCGGGAGGAGAUCGUCAAUUUCAACUGCCGCAAGCUGGUGGCCUCCAUGCCGCUGUUCGCCAACGCAGACCCCAACUUUGUGACGGCCAUGCUGACCAAGCUCAAGUUCGAGGUCUUCCAGCCAGGGGACUAUAUCAUCCGAGAGGGCACCAUCGGCAAGAAGAUGUACUUCAUCCAGCACGGGGUGGUCAGCGUACUGACCAAGGGCAAUAAGGAGAUGAAACUCUCCGACGGCUCCUACUUUGGGGAGAUUUGUCUGCUGACGCGGGGCCGGCGCACAGCCAGCGUGCGCGCUGACACCUACUGCCGCCUCUACUCGCUGAGCGUGGACAACUUCAACGAGGUGCUGGAGGAGUACCCCAUGAUGCGGCGCGCCUUCGAGACUGUCGCCAUCGACCGCCUGGACCGUAUCGGGGGCACCGACACUUGCUUGCUGUAUGCACCGGGCCUCAGUGUGUGCUCUGGGGUUUCACCGCAGAGCGGAGAUGCAGGUAAGAAGAACUCCAUCCUGCUGCACAAGGUUCAGCAUGACCUUAACUCCGGCGUGUUCAACAACCAGGAGAACGCCAUCAUCCAAGAGAUUGUCAAGUACGACCGCGAGAUGGUGCAGCAGGCCGAGCGCGGCCGCGUGCUCUUUCCGCCACCGCCACCACCACAGGUCACCUCGGCCAUCGCCACUUUGCAGCAGGCCGUCGCCAUGAGCUUCUGCCCACAGGCGGCGCGCCCGCUGGUGGGGCCGCUGGCGCUCGGCUCACCGCGCCUCGUGCGCCGCGCUCCCCCUGUGCAAACGCCCCAGGCGCCUGGGGCGGCACUGCGGGCAGGGCCAGACCACCCCUGCUCCCCGGCAGGCCCCUCAUCGCCCUGCGCCCACCCCAUCGUCCUUGCCCCGGCGGCCGGCCGCGCGUGCGUGGGAGGGGGCUCCUUUCACCUCGGUGCCUCAGUCCCCAAGUAG